CCAGUCCCAAUCAAAUGCAGGAUUGAGAGUCAACCACUAGAUGGAGCACUCUUACAAAGAUUAUCAAAUCAGUGGAGUGGAGCCAGGUGACCCACAUUCAGUCUCACAGGUCCAUUCGUUGCCUAGGAAACAGGAAGCCGCCCUGACACAUGCCUGUCAGUCUCCUUCUGCAGCAUCACCAUGCUAACUUCAACAGAAAUGUCUCCUAUAUGGAUGGUUGAUAUACAUUGCACUCAAGUGUCAUUCAUGCACUGUUAGACAUAGUCGACGAUAAGUAAACUCAUGUGAUUGGAAAGGUCUGCACAGGAAUUGCCCUUCCUCCGUCCGCAGUCAGGACUUAGCUUCCUUCAGAUGUGACAAGGUGGAACAGGCAGGAUCAGACAGUGGCACUCUCGCUGGCCAAGAAUAAAUUACAGUUAAUGCUUUAACUGUGUUGGACUGCCAAGACUCCCCAAUGAAGGACCGACUGGGCUCUCUGUGGAAGAUGAACCGCUACACCACCCUCAAGCAGCUGGGGGACGGGACGUAUGGCAGCGUUCUCCUGUGCAAGUGCAACGAGACAGGGGAGCUGGUGGCCAUAAAGAGGAUGAAGAGGAAGUUUUACUCUUGGGAAGAGUGCUUGAAUUUAAGAGAAGUGAAGUCGCUGAGGAAGCUGAACCACGCCAACAUUGUCAAACUGAAGGAGGUCAUCCGAGAAAACGACUACCUGUACUUUGUCUUCGAGUACAUGAAAGAAAACCUCUAUCAGCUCAUGACGGAGAGAUACAAGUUGUUCCUUGAGUCAGUCAUCAGAAACAUGACAUUUCAGAUAUUACAGGGACUGUCCUUUAUGCAUAAACAUGGGUAUUUCCAUCGUGAUAUGAAACCGGAGAACUUGCUCUGCAUGGGGCCAGAGCUGGUGAAGAUUGCAGAUUUUGGACUUGCACGAGAAAUCCGCUCGCAGCCACCUUACACUGUUUAUGUGUCCACAAGAUGGUACCGAGCCCCAGAGAUUCUGCUGAAGUCAAACUCCUACAGCUCACCCAUCGACAUCUGGGCCGUGGGAUGCAUCAUGGCGGAGCUGUACACACUCAGACCCCUGUUUCCUGGCAACAGCGAAGUGGAAGAGAUCUUCAAGAUCUGUCAGGUGCUGGGAACGCUUAAGAAGUCUGACUGGUCUGAGGGCUACAACCUGGCCAAUGCUUUGAACUUCCGCUUCCCAAAGUGUAUCCCCACCAGCCUCAGAUCCCUGAUCCCCAACGCCAGUGAUGAGGCCAUCAUGCUGAUGAAAGACUUGCUGCAGUGGGACCCCGAGAGAAGACCGAGUGCUGCUCAGGCUUUACGGUAUCCAUACUUCCACGUGGGCCAGGCGCUCUGUGCUCCUCUGAAGUACGCAGAGCACCACACAAAUCAGACAAAGAUCUCAGAGGAUGCUUCGGAGACAAAGCCUUUGUCUCUCUGCAAGUCUGAUGUAGAGUCCGUCAAAGCAAGUGGGAUCCAUGCAGAGAUGCAGACCAGCAGCCAGUCUCUCCACCGGCCUCUCCAGCAGAUCUUCCUUCCUCAGGACAACAGAGAGCCGAGCAGAAGAUCAGCAGUUUGUUCCACCAUGUUCAGAGAGGGGCAGGAGGAACCUCUCAGCCUGGUGAAGAACAGGCGACCCAUGAACUGGCAAUCUCCUGCAAGAGCAGCUCACUCGGGAGCAGAGAACGGCUUGGCUGGAGUGAGGGCAGGACGCAGAAGAUGGGGUCAGACGUUAUUCAAGUCUGUGUCCAGCUUGGACUGCAGUGAGGAUGCAGAUGUUGGAGUUUCCCUCUUCAAGAAACACACAGCUGGCUCCUUAAAGGAGAGGACGCUGGACCCUUGCUCAGGGGCAGAGCUGAACAGUGGGCUGAUCAGAGGGGACUCCUCCACUCUGUCUGCCAAGCAGCACUACCUCCGCCAGUCCAGAUAUCUGCCUGGUGUAAACCCGAGAAAAAAGUCCUCAGUAGAAAACCAGGAGGUGAACAGAAACCUGUGGGGUAGCUCAUGCUUAACCCGAGGAUCAGGGCUGGAGUUUCCUCUGAUUAAAGACAUUAAACUUCCCAAACUCACAGUAGCACAGCCUGUUGAAGAAAGGACCCAGGAGGAUCUUGAUCCACCCAAAGACUCCUUCAUGAGCAGCUCCAACAGACCAUCCAAGACGUACCUGUCACCUUUACAGAGGACUGAUACAGGAGCAGUGAGACAGAGGCUCACAGGCUCCUCUGCCAUGGAUCUGUCGUCUGCUGCUGAUCUCAAAGUCCAAUCAAAAAUCAAACCACCAAAAGGCAAGACCUCCUUAAACAAACUGUUUCCCUCAAGUGAAGAAUACGAAGGACGGAGGAGCCGAAAUGCUCAGAUCCUGACAUCCAGCACUGUUGGGAAGAAAACCUUCGUAAGGAGCACAAACGUCCAGCCUGUGCACGGACGCAUCAACUGGACUGCCAAAUACGGAGGCCACCAGUAGCAGAGUAGUUCACUCUGCUCCACCAGUGACUCAUGGGAAAAUUCCCACUGCACUUCAGCAGGAAGAACAGACUUCAGAGGAGAAGCUGCCAACAGUGUCUAAAAGUGAAUCCUGCUGGACUGAUGUUACAUUUGACAUAGGAUUAAACAUGAAUCAGUGCUCGCCAAAAGUCCUCGACUUCCAUCAGCAUUUUUAAAUAAUACACCAGGAAAUGAAAGAUAUAUUUUUUUAAUCAAUUGACAAUUACAUUUUUUUAUUUUUCAGCAACACAAUAAAAAAAUGUUUGUAUUUAAAAAGAAAGAUUUUUUUAGAUACUUUUUUAUCAGUUUUGUAAACAGAACAGUACUCUUAUUUUUUUAAACAUAUAACAGUAGAUUUUAAUAGAAAAUUGCACGUUUUUGAAUUAACAGAAUGAGAGAACUUUUUUUUUCAUGAAAAUAAAUAUGUUCAGACAGAAAAGGUUAGAUUUUAGAUAUUUUCAAGAUUGAUGUAAUCUCUUUAGCAUCAAGAUGUUUCUCAACAGCAUGGGUGCACUGAAAAGAAAAUGACAUUUUCAGGUACACGGCUGGAAAAGUAAAAAAAAUAACAAUCUU